CCAAAGCCAGUGGUAGAUCUUCGCUACCUGCAGAACCGAGACAUCUACCACGCCAUCCCCACCGAAGACGUCCCCACUGCCUUUCUCUACUCCAGCCAGCGCCCUGCUCCACAUGCAACCCUGCCAGAUCUACUCCAAGGAGGCCACUUCCGUCGAGCUGCCGACGCAUCUCUCAAGGCCAUCUAUCAGUGCAGACCAGAUGCCGCUGACAAAAUCCUCACUCUGCUGUACACCCGCCUGGCAUGCUUGAUUCUCAUCUCCCGACCAGAUCUCGCUGCUGCAGAAGCCGUGCCGCUCACAGAUGUCCUUGUUAGAAACACGCCUGCCGCACAGGAUCUGAUUCCACUGAUACCAUGGCAUCUGAGGCUACUGUUAGUCAGACUGCAGUCGAUCGGAGCCGCCGACGGAGGGCGUCGUGGCAUCAUGGCACUCUAUGCGCUAGCUGCUGAAGUUCGCUGCAACCUGAAGUCGGCUCAGGCGGCCGAAAAUGAAUCUGAGACAGCGCUCUGGAGCGAUCGACUGCAGGACCUCGGCCUUAGAGUCUGUGACGCACUCGUAGAAAUGGGCGAGUUGGAGACUGCUACCAGGCAUCUAGACACCUUGGUCAACGUCGAAGCCGACGAGUUAGCAUACAGGAAGGCCUUACUCAGAAUGAGAGUGGGCGACGUAGAAGGCGCGAAGAGGAGUGCUAGCAAAAUGCUUGACGAGAAGAGGAAACGCGGUUUUGAAGCACUCCUCCAAGUUGCUGAUGGCCAUUACGACGAUGCACUACGAAGCUGGCAGUCUCUGCUUACCGAGUACCCCGGCCACGAAAUGUUUGCCCUCAAUGCUGCCGUCUCGCUAUUGUACACCGGCCACAUCACAUCUGCUCGAGACGUCUUGGAAGAUCUCGCCGAAGAGCUGCCCAUGUUCCCCACACUGCUGUUCAACCUUGCUACCGUCUACGAGCUUUGCACAGAGCGAGCAGCCGAACGCAAAACCUCUCUCGCAAUACAAGCAGCAGCUCGCACGCCUGGCCCCGAGAGCGGCGGAUGGGAACGUGCCACUUUCGAAUUCAAGCUCUAG